AAGAUACAAUGCCACCGUACGUACGUUGAAGCGUCUUAUAAAAAGCUUCAUCCAAAGUGGCGGUAAUAUCAGUACCAGUGUGGAUAUAAGCAAAAAUCAUAAAAUGCUAAACACUUUAAGACAAGCCCUUCGCUACGAUUCUUCGUCGAAUCCACUUAAGCAUAUGAUUGUCUUACAUCGAAUUAUUGGUUUCAAUCUAAGCAGUCGACCGGCGAUCAUAGUUUCACGUCUCUCAAUGGUGCUGGCCGGGAUCCAUGCUCUGUGCUUCGCCUACCGAGUUCACUUGGUCUCGAAGAGGGACCUCGGUUUUCAAUACUACAUCGCCGCGCUGAACGUCGUAGGAGGCUACAUUUUCGCUGUAAUUCGGAUGACCGGGUUUGCAUGGAACUACGACAGUGGAUUUCGCGGCAUACAUCGCUUCUUGCAGGAGCACGCAUUCCAGAGGAACGACCUGCGAGCACAGCGCCUUCGAGAACAAUGCUUUAUGAAUAACCAAAAGUUCACCAUUGGUAUGCUGGUGGCUUCAGUCAACGCAAUCAUGUUCUUCAUUCUGACAGACUACCGCAUGACGGAUCAGUACGACAUACCGUUUGAACUGAGCUUUCUACAUCCUACUAUCAAAUCGGUUUUCAAUGCACUGUUCGGUUUAUAUCUCUACGUUAUAGCAACGUACUUCUGGAUUCCAUUCAUAACGCUUCGCGUUGUAAUCCACACUUUAUGCGUGGAACUAGCAAUCGCCAACGAAGCUUUCGGAAAACUGUUCACGACAUCGUCCAAUCGUGCCGACUUACUUAUGUUGCAUCACAGUUCUAACUCGUCACGAUCGUCACAACUCACGGAACAGAUCAGAACUGACUUAUUUUGGUUGAGCCUAAGCAGUGAAUUGCGCGGACUCGUCGAUCACCACCGGGAGAUCCUGAUCAACGUCGAUCGCUUGUGUCAACUGGCUGCCAUGCCGUUUCUGUCCGAAACGAUGUCCUGCAUCUUGAUCUCGUCGAUCUCGGUGUUCUUUCUGCUGAACGGGGAGAGCCUCAGUUUGGUGGCCAUUUCGUGUGUUCUCAUGUUCGAAAGCUUUUACGUUAGCUCGCUGGUUGAGGCGCUGCAGGACGUUCACGGGGAGAUGGGCGCCGUAGUCUAUGCACUCGAAUGGCCCGCUGAGUUGCGGUACGAUCGGAGGAACCACCACCACUACAAAUACGUCAGCAAGAUAUUGCAGAUUGUGCUGAUGCGGUCGCAGCGUAGACUGCGCUUCCACUGCGGUGGAUUGUUCGAGAUGUCCCGGGGAACGUUUACGUUCACGGUGAAGACUUGUUAUACGAUGUUGACGUUCCUGCUACGGAUGCAGGAUGUUUAGGGUGAAGAGGGAGAGAAGUUCAAGGUGGAGAAUCAACAAACAGUUCACUAUGAAAAAAUGAUCGAUUGAUUACUCAUUCAAUAUAUCCAGUUUAUACACAGAGUGAUCAGUUCUCUAAACAAAAUGUGUGUAGAUUCGAUUUAUAUUCACUUAAAACAAACCUUCGUAACUACUUAAUAAACACGAUUGAAUUUACUGUAAUGAAAUUCAAAUUACGAUUUUCAGUGACAGAUCCUUCAGACAGAUCAGUGGUCUUCCUUAGCCGAUUGGUUAGAGUCCGCGGCUACAAAGCAAAGCUAUGCUGAAGGUGUCUGGGUUCGAUUC